AUGUUGAAGAAGGUCUACAAGAAAUCCUUGGCUCCGUUCUACAAGGUUCUGGAUUCAAUCGCUGAAGAGCUUUUACAACUGUGGCGCUAUGGUGUCGACAUUUUCUUGAAAGGUCGCAAACUCACCCUCUACAUUUGCGUGGUAGCUGUAAAAGCUGAUUGGCCGCUUCUUGCAAAGCUAGGCAGGUUCCAGCGUUUCUUUGGCCGCAAAACAAGGUUACUGAAUGCUGCUGCCAAAGGCAUUUGUCACUUAUGCCGGGCGGGUCAGGACAAUAUUCCAUACCAUGACUACAGUCAGAAUGCAGCAUGGAGGCCUACGUACUUGCAGGAUGAAGCGUAUGAUGGCAAUCCUCCUUUCCAUGACCUCCCGUGGCACAACCCCUUGAUUUACCGCUUUGACAUCUUCCAUGUGGGUCAUAAAGGCGUGUUCGCGGAAUUAGCGGGGUCAGCUAUCGUCGUUUUGAUGGAUAUGGGAUUAGCUGGUGAUGGCGCUGUGCCAAAUCAACUUUCCAAUAUCUACUCCGACAUGGUUCUUUUCUGCCGGGAAAACCACCUGAGUCUUCGUAUGUCGAACUUGGCUCGAACCCUGAUCAGCUGGGAAACGGAUGCUGACUACCCUUGCGGGUCCUGGUUCAAAGGCGCUGACACGACUGUCGCGUGCAAGUUCUUAGAAACCCGUUUUGGUGUGCUGGCGCGGGUGGAUCCUUCUGAUGAGUACAUUACUUCAAUACACAUGGCCCUGCGAUCAGCAAACGAGUUUAUGCGUGGCCUGUACAGCCACGGCCUCUGGCUUCGAAGACAUGAGGCGCUACGACUUGUAGAGCAUGGCUUUCAGUUUGUAGCAAACUACGUGCAGGCAGCGUACGAAGCUUUGUUUCACUCGAGAACACGUUUCAAACUA